GUUUGACCCUUUACCCGUAAGCGUCACAUUUACUACAUGAUCUUUGUUCUCUGGCCUCUGUCCUCCAGAUAACCAGCACAGAAGCACAGAACAGUCUAAAAGAUGGUGGUUUUGUCCAAAGAGUACGGCUAUGUGGCUCUAACCGGAGCGGCAUCGUUUCUCCUGAUGGCUCAUCUGUCUCAUGCUGUGGUGAAGGCUCGGAUUAAAUACAAUGUCCAGUAUCCGACAAUGUACAGUGAUGAUACAGAGACUGGUAACAAAUUCAACUGUAUCCAGCGAGCGCAUCAGAACACCGUUGAACUCUUGUCGCCAUUCCUGUUUCAUUUAUCUGUGGGAGGGAUUCAGCAUCCACGUCUGGCCAGCGUGUUGGGAAUGAUCUGGAUCGUCAGUCGGGUGCUGUACGCUCAUGGAUACUCUUCCGGAAAGCCCAAGAAGCGCCACCGUGGGUCGUUCGGUAUGGUUGCUUUGCUGGGUCUGUUUCUUUGCACGGUGAACACUGGGAGAACGCUGCUCGGAUGCAACUGUGGGUUGAAAUGGGUCAAAUGGCCCAAAUAAUAUAAACAGUGAAAACUAUGUUUACUAUUCUAAUUCUACAUUCUAUGAAGAUGACAAGAUAAAAAAACACCUUUAUUUUCUCUGUUGUGCAAAUUUAGAAAAACACUAGAGGCUCAUUUCUCACUGUAAGAAUCCAGUGUGUUCAUUUGUGUUUUAAAUAAACGGCACAGAAAUGACAAAGUUCAGUUCAGUUUUCCCUCAUAAAUUGCAUAGAAAUGACAUUAUUUGAAAAAUGCAUAUUAUAA